AUUUGUAAACAAGCAACUCACUAGAUAUCUGAUUUCAGCGUUCGUCGAGAUAAGCAAAACUAUUUGAGAACGGCUACCGAUGAAAUUGGUGAAUGAGAACUUAUACCUGCAAAAAACGGAUAGUGGCGAAAAGUUGUCUGUAAACUGGGUAAGGUCUACCUUGAAAAAAAAAAACAGCUGUAUAUAUCUGUAGGUUAUCCACCAAGCUAAAAAGGCAAUCGUUUGAUCUGUGUUCAAAACUAACUAAAAUUGUAAUGUCUCGCGAAACGCACGUGAACGGAACAAUGGAAUCACCACUUGUGAACGGUGUUACGACAGUGGAGACAGAGGAAAAGUCGCAAAAAUAUAGCGAUUAUGUAAAAUUUCUGGAACUAGUUGGCAAUCUGAAGCACACAAAGCGAACUGGAUGGGUUUUGCGAAACGUUAAAGAUUGUGAAAGUAUAUCAGGUCACAUGUACCGGAUGGGAUUGAUGUCAUUUCUGUUGGAUGGUAGCCAAGGGUUAGAUAGGAUUCGUGUCAUGGAGUUGGCGCUGAUACAUGACCUUGCUGAGAGUAUAGUUGGUGAUAUUACACCUUAUUGCGGUAUUUCGAGAGAGGAGAAAUUGCUUCGGGAAUUCUCGGCUAUGUCUGAAAUCGCCGAGUUACUUGGUCCGUGCAAGGAUCGACUGCUUGAGUUAUUCAACGAGUACGAGGCAGGAAAAACAGCGGAAGCAAAGUUUGUCAAAGAUCUAGAUCGUCUCGAUAUGGUGCUGCAGGCUUUCGAAUACGAAAAGCGAGAUAACUGUCCGAUGAAACAUCAGGAAUUCUUCGAUUCCACCCAAGGAAAAUUCUCCCAUCCAUUCGUGAUCAAUAUUGUAAACGAAAUAAAUGCUCAACGAGUUAAGUUCGCUGAAAAAAGUGCACAUUGCACAACAGAUAAUUCGUCACUAUCGCGCGAAGCAGCCAGUAGUGGAGGCAGCAGAUGAUUUUGGCAGUGGCGAAUUAUUCGUUUAUUUCAGUAAAACGGGUUUCGAAUUGCUGCUGAAAGUGUGGAACAUGUUUUGUGUUAUGGCAAUUGCCGGGGUUUAUGCAAUGUGAUCUCAUCUUUGCUUAUUGUUUCUAUGGUUUUUCUGCGGGUGCAUACUGUAAGAGCCUAUGUGAUUGAUGUCAGCUAGUCAAUCUGAAGAGACCGCUACGGGCGAGCUUUAGCAAAAAUUUUAGCUAAUUUUUUACGAUUAUUCCGAUUCGUAUUCAGUAUGUAGUGUUGUGAUGAAUAGAACGUAUUACAAUUGGAGAGGUUCAAAUAUAAGGGAUCGUUUCAACCAAUAGUAUUAUGUCAUCAAAGCUUAAUUAAAUACUAUUUAUGUCGAAUAAAAGAAAGCACAAACAACAGCA